AGUUGAAUAACAUUAAUAUGAUUUGCCAGGCGUCAUAUAAUAACCGCUCAUUAUUCAAACCGUGUAGAGUGAUGAUUGUUAUCACACAAACAUGUGGUCCGUGCAUGAGUGCGUAUGCGUUCAUACGCAAUAAACGCAGCAUAUAAUAUGAACAACCUUUUAUUCUUCAUUUUUUGGGAUCGAAAAAGAUCGACUACGGUGUUCAAGUUUUCAAACUCUUCACGUUCGUCGCUAGCAACGAAAGCUUGGAACGAAAAUCAUCGCUCUAAUGGGCAUAGCUCUUUGUUUGUCUCUUUUUUGAGAAUCAUUAUAAUUAAAAAUACCCGCAUUUAUAAUUAUCAAUUACUUUUCCACCAUCGUCGUGUUUUUUCGGUAGGUCUCGGUGAAACUCGGUACGUGUUUUCAUAUACAUACAUAUAUAUUACAUGAUAAAAAUGCCAGGGCGGUCACAGGACGCAGAUACCGCACGUGGCUGUCGCCUGUCGCAUCGCCGAGGGGGACUAUCAACGUCUUAUCCAAAGCGCAUGCGACGCUUUUCGGUAGUUUAAAAACAGUGUAAAAUACCUAUAUUAUCAUCUGAAAUCACAAAAGUUAAAGCAGUACACGUAUCAAUCAUCAGUAUGUAAUCGAGUGAACGAAAGAGUACAGUACUUUCAUUAUUAAAUUGUAUUUACCCAAUAAACUUCGUGAACGUAAUUUAAACUCUGGAACAGUGUCAGUGCUCGCGCCUGAAAAAUAUUCUAUAUUUGGAUCGUAAAUUGGCGGAUAAACCAUUUCAUGGACGGAUCAUCGAGUCACAGCAUCAAGAAUUGCGAUUUCAAAUCUGGCACUUAAGGUGAAGGGCAGGUUCAUACUACAUGGCAAAUCAUCGUAAUAAGCACACUUCUACUUUGGUUCGACGAUCUUAGAAAAUAUUAAAACAUGGCAAAGUUUAAAUUAAAUUACAGUCAACUACCAAUCAAGGCACAUUUCUUCUUUUUUAUGGCCGCAAUGGGACCAAUUUUACCGUUUCUGCCAGUUUAUGGAAAACAGCUCGGUGUAUCUCCGCUCGUGAUGGGAAGUAUCACAGCUGUUUUACCGCUGUUAUUUCUGAUAUCGAAACCCUCUUUUGGACUCCUAGUUGACCAUUUUCGACCCUGGCGAAAGACCAUAUUUAUGGCAUUGUUAGCAACCACAAGCGCCGCUUACAUAUUUCUUUAUUUCCUCCCACCACUUCCAGGCCCUGUUUUGCCCGAAGAUGGUUUUCGCCAAGUUUCAUGCUCAACAAUCGACACCUGCCAAUUUAAUCAGAAAAUUGAAAAGCACGAAACCUGUUCUUCUGGGAGAACGACGAAUUGCCUAUGGCAGUGCUCAAACGGUUUAAAUUCUACGCAAUCAAUUUACUUCAGAGAAAGUCAUAAAGGGAAGUUAUCUCGAGAUUCCGCUUGCUUAUCGAUGAGUAAAAGCUACGCCGAUGACCACGGUGAAAAUAAAUUCGCGGAUAGUAAGAAUAGUAGCGAUUUUAAAAAUGAGACAAACAUUUUUUGUGGUAUCAGCGAUUCUGCAAACGUUUGCAAUGUUACGUGCAAAGACUUUGAGACUCCAGAUUAUUGUCUCUACACAUCCUUUACAUUCUGGGCGUUUGUCCUACUCAUGUCCGUUGGAAAUAUUGGAUUUAAUGUCUCAAAUUGCAUCAGCGAUGCCAUCUGCUUUGACGUGUUAGGUGACAGUGGUCAGAUGGGGUAUGGUAGACAGAGAGUCUGGGGCACAAUCGGUUUCGGAAUCACCGCCUUGGUCUCCGGUUAUGCGGUAGAUGCCUGGUCGCAAGGGACGAUCAAAAUAUAUACACCCGCAUUUAUUCUCGUCUUCAUUUUCACCAUAAUCGAUCUCUUCUGCUGUUCCAAGCUAGAGCUACCAAAAAUGUCUGGAUCUGAAAACAUUGUUAAAGACGUUUAUAAACUGUUACGUCUAAAGCCGAUCGCAAUAUUUUUGUUCUUUGCCACUAUAGCUGGAAUCAUGGACAGUUUUAUCAUCUACUUUUUAUUCUGGCAUAUCGAGGAUCUUGCAGCGACAACUGGAGAUAUGGGACAAAUUAAAUUCAUCGAGGGAUCGAUCAUAGCUGCCGAGACUUUGGGAGGAGAAGUUAUAUUUUUUUCUUUAGCUGGUAAAAUUUUGAAAAAAAUCGGAUACGGAUAUAGUUUUGUAUUCUGCUUCUUCUGCUACUCGCUCCGAAUGUUACUCAUCUCCUUGGCACCCACGCCAUGGUGGAUAUUCUCCAUCGAAUUAUUUAUGCAGGGUCCGUCAUAUGCUCUUUGUUACACAACUAUUGUCGCAUACGCAAGUGUAAUAUCACCACCUGGAGCAUCUGCUACCGUACAGGGCAUUGUCGCCGGAAUGGAUGACGGCUUAGGAUUCGCUCUUGGAAGUCUGAUUGGCGGAAUUUUGUAUAAGCGAGUUGGUGGUUCACGGACGCUUCAGAUCUAUUCUGUGCUAGCAGCAGCAUCUUCUGUUGCAUAUUUUCUGCUACACGUGCUCUACCUGAAGCACGUGACGCCAAAGACAGAUAAUCGGGGAAAUAUAGAAUACAAGAGCCCAAGAGAUGCAGCAUCUAUAGACCAAGUUGGUGGAAAAGAGCUGCAGGUUUUAUGACGAUUAUUAUUCGUUAUUAACUUCAGUCCAACUUGAAAUGUGAUAUAAAUUGUAAUUAAGUUAUGGGUGUAAUUAUAGCUACUUUUAAUACAUGUUCAUGCGGAUAACAUAUUUUAUAUACAAUAUUUAUACUGCUGGUAUAGUAUUUCUAAGCUAGCGAUCUAAUGGUUUCUGUGAACGAUCAGUUUUUCUGUUGUAAUUGGAAGCUGUGAAUUUUGAUCGCACGGGACACCUGAUAUGUACGAACGUAUAUAUAUUUUUAUCAAAUGUU